AUGGCCGACAAAGACACUUCCGUAUGGAUGUACAGCCCAUCCUUCGCCCUCGCGGUGAUUGGCUGCAUCGUGUACUGCCUGCUGUUCCUCGCCAUCACGUACCUCACCCUCAUCAAGUACCGCGCGUGGUACUUCAUUGUCGUGGUCAUCGGCGCUGCUGUAGAAGUCGCCGGCUACGUGUGCCGCGUCUACUCCGUCAAGCACCAGACCGACUUGCCCCCAUUUGUUAUGACGCUCACCUUCACUGUGCUCGCUCCUAUCUUCGUCGCCGCCGGAAACUAUCUUCUAAUCAGCCGCCUGAUUCCGCUCGUCCUUCCGAGCACACACCACGCCAUCUUCGGCAUCCCCGGCCGCCUGCUCACGCCCAUCUUCGUCACGACCGACGUCCUGGCUUUCCUGAUCCAGGGCAGCGGCUCCGGUAUCGCCAGCUCAAACAACUGGGUCGGCCCCAACGAGGAGAUUGGGCGCUGGGUUCUUGUCGGCGGGCUAGCGUUCCAGUUCGUCUGCUUCGGCAUCUUCCUGUGCAUCUUUGUGCGCUUCCAUCACCUGGCAAAGCUCUACACGCUGCAUGAUGCUCCGGUGGGUUGGCACAAGGUCGUCCUCGCAGUGUACGUGUCGAGCAUUGCCAUCAUGAUACGCUGUGUCUAUCGCGUGUGCGAGUUCGCCGAAGGCAUGAACGGCUAUGCGUUCCGCACCGAGUGGCUGUUCUGGGUCUGGGAGACGAUUCCAAUGCUUAUCGCCAUUGGUAUCUUUUGCUGGCACCAUCCGUCGAGGCACCUUGGUAAUAGCCUGGCCAAGGUGAAGCAGGCCAAGAGCCGAAAGGCCCGUCAGGGUAACAAGGGCGACAAGUCCGAAGCGAUCAGCACUCCUGAAGAACAGGUGUAA